AAAUCAUUCAAAAUCAAGCGUUUUAAUUAAUUACUACACAAAGCAAAAAGUACUUUAAUUUCUCCAAAUUGAAACCCAAAAGAAUAUAAACAACAUGGCUAAGUCAAUCAUGAGCUGCUUAAUUGUUGUUACUCUUUUAGCACUUACAACUCCAUUGUGCUGGUCUCAUUAUAGUACGGGAUACCGCAAUUAUGAUCUGUCCCCGCAGUUCUACGACUACUCCUGUCCACAAGUGCAGCAGAUAGUCAGGUCUGUUGUUGCUAAAGCGGUUGCCAGGGAGACGAGAAUGGCUGCUUCUUUGCUUAGGCUCCAUUUCCAUGACUGCUUUGUUCAGGGAUGUGAUGCCUCGUUGCUACUUGAUAGCAGUGGAAACAUAGUAUCAGAGAAAGGGUCGAUCCCAAACUUUAAAUCAGCAAGAGGGUAUGAAGUGAUUGAUGAGAUAAAGGUUGCUGUGGAGAAAGCAUGCCCACGUACAGUUUCUUGUUCUGAUAUCUUGGCUUUAGCUGCCAGAGAUUCAACUGUCAUUGCUGGUGGACCUGACUGGGAAGUACCCUUGGGUAGGAGAGAUUCUACAGGAGCAAGUAUAAGUGGGUCUAACAACGACAUUCCAGCUCCUAACAACACAUUUCAGACUAUUCUUUCUAGGUUUAAUAGUAAAGGACUUGACCUUGUUGACCUUGUUGCGCUCUCAGGUGCUCACACAAUAGGUGAUGCAAGGUGUGUAAGCUUCAGGCAAAGACUAUAUAAUGAGAAUGGAAAUGGGCAACCUGAUUCUACACUUGACCAAACAUAUGCUAAGCGGUUGCGCCAGCAGUGUCCUCAGAUGGGUGGUGAUGAUAACUUAUUCUUCUUAGACUACGCAAACCCUAUUACUUUUGAUAAUCUUUACUAUAAAAACAUCUUGUCUUACAAGGGAUUGUUGAGUUCUGAUCAAAUUUUGCUAACCAAGAAUCAAGCAUCAAUGACACUUGUUAAGAAAUAUGCUGAGAAUAUGCAGCUUUUCUUUGAUCAUUUUGCCAAUUCCAUGGUUAAGAUGGGUAAUAUCUCUCCAUUGACUGGGACUCAGGGUCAGAUUAGGCAGAACUGCAGAAGGAUCAACUCUUAUUAUUAAGUUUGAAAAUUAAAUAUCAUUCUUUUUCCUAAUUUUUAUCUUUUCACUAAAUUUGAACAUUUUAAUUUUUAUUUGUUGUAUCGAAUUUAAUGUUUUGGUUAUAAUUUUAAUUGAAGUGUUAGUUAAUACUUACUACUUACAUUUGUAUUUACAUUUAAUUUGUAUCCACUUAUAUCUCUCUUAUUUAGCAUUA